AUGGUAAGCUCCGCGCAUCGCGUCUUCCCCGCAUUCCAGGCCCGCGUCGCCAGCGAAACCCUAGCUCACCAGCCUCCACUUCACGCAGUCCCGGGCUCGUCCCAGCGCUUUCUCGACAAGUCUCGCUCGCUGGCAGCAGACUGCGUUGCCUAUGACCUUGAGGAUAGCGUCACUCCGCACAUGAAGGCAGAGGCCCGCGGUCUGGUGCGGAGAGCGAUCGACCAGCCCGCUCCAACGAAUAUCCGCGAGCGUGCUGUGCGAAUCAACUCGGUGGACAGUGGAUUGGCACUAGGCGAUUUGACUGAAGUGCUUCAAUCCCCGAACCUCACCACGAUCGUCAUUCCCAAGGUCAACUCCGCCUCAGACCUCACCUUCGUCACAGACGUGGUCACACACACCCUUGCCCAGCAACCUGCGUCUGCAAACAGACCCCCAAUCUCUCUCCUCGCCCUCGUUGAGUCCGCCAAGUCCCUCACAAACCUCACCCAAAUCUGCGCCGCGUCUCCGCUGCUGCAAGGCCUCGUCUUUGCAGCCGAGGACUUCGCCCUCGACCUGAGUAUCACGCGGACACCCUCGCUGACAGAAUUCCUCUUCGCUCGCUCAGCAAUCGCAACCGCGGCGCGGGCAGCGAAUCUCCCCUCGACGAUCGAUCUCGUUUGUACGGCGUACAAGUCUGAGAGUCCGGAUGGCUCGCCGCCUGCAACGUUGCAGGAGGAAUGUCUUGAUGGGCGUCGGUUGGGAUUCAAUGGCAAGCAGUGCAUCCAUCCGACGCAGGUGAAGGUUGCGAAUGAUAUUUUUGGUCCGCAGGAGGAAGAGACGACAUGGGCUGUUCGGUGUGUGAUUGCUGAUGAGAAGGCCGCGGCUGCGGGCCGGGGUGCGUGGACACUUGAUGGGAAGAUGAUUGAUGUGCCAGUUGCGGAGAAGGCCAGGGCUAUUGUUAAGAAAGCCGAGGCUGUUGGGGUGGAUGUAAAGGCAUUGCGGGAGCAGUGGAAGCACCAGGAGCCUGAGUAG